AUGGCCAAGACACUGCUGAUCACGGGCGCCACGGGCAAGCAGGGCGGCGCCGUCGUCGACGCAGUGCUAGGCCUCAAUAAGAAGGGCGAGCAGUUCACCAUCCUCGCCGUCACGCGCAACCCGUCGUCGCCCAGCGCCCAGCGGCUGGCGGACAAGUCGCCCGACGUCAAGCUGGUCGAGGGCGACCUCAACGACGUGCCGGCGCUGUUCGUGGCGGCCAAGCGCGCCCACGACCAGCCCAUCUGGGGCGUCUACUCGGUGCAGGUGUCCAUGGGCCCCGGCGCCACCGUCGACGGCGAGGUCAAGCAGGGUACUGCCCUCAUCGACAGCGCCAUCGAGGCCGGCGUCAAGCACCUUGUCUACAGCAGCGUCGAGCGCGGCGGCGACAAGGCCUCGUGGGACAACCCGACCCCCAUCCCGCACUUCCAGACCAAGCACCAAAUCGAGCUGCACUUGCGCAACGCCACCGCCCCCGGCACCCCCGGCGCCGCCAUGGGCUGGACCAUCCUGCGGCCCGUCGCCUUCAUGGACAACCUGGCCCCCGGCUUCCCCACCAAGGUGUUCCUGGCCUCGCUGCGCAACCACCUCGGCGAGAACGACAAGCCGCUGCAGUGGAUCGCCACGUCCGAUAUUGGCGUCUUCGCGGCCAAGGCCUUUGCCAACCCGGCCGAGUGGGACCACCGCGCCGUCGGCCUAGCCGGCGACGAGCUGACCAUGGAGCAGCUCAGCCGCGCCUUUGCCCGCGCCACGGGCAGCCCGGCGCCCAUCACGUACUCGCUGCUGGGCUCCGCCCUCACCUUCGCCGUCAAGGAGAUGGGCACCAUGAUCGCCUGGUUCGCCAGCAACGGCUACGGCGCCGACAUUGCCGCCCGCCGCAAGGACUACCCGGGCCUGCUCACCAUGGAGCAGUGGCUGAAGGACAAGAGCGGGUUUGCCACCAAGUAG